AUGGCUAGUCUCAAGUUCAUAAUGGAUGUCAACGACGAUCACCAGGUGCCGGACCGUCAACAGGCCCAGAAUAAUAAAAAGGCCAAGGUCCCAAUCAAGCCGGCCACUACCGGUCAGCUACCAGAAGAACCCAACCCACAACCACACCCGAGGCAUGCUGGUAGUUCCGGCCUGGCCGCCGAAGAGGAUAUCAACCCCCCUUCCCCCUCUACCCUGAACAAGAAACGUGCUGCUUCCUCAAGGGGUCCCAAGCCAACGACGACAACAUCAACCACAACCCCAACUGCCCCCCCAGGAACGGCAAGCGGAUCACUGGAUACUCCAGUCCCAUCGACGACCUUGUCUCCUGCCACCGCACGACCCUCAGUCCGUCGUCGAAGCACAACAAGUACCGACUCAAUGGACCGGUCAGGAGGCUACAGAUCUCCCGCCUCGUCGUCAUCAAUGGGAGGCGGACCCAUGCGACCUAUGCCCCCUCAUCCUCAACCAUCUGAUGCAGUACCGAUGAGACUUACCCCCAUCACUGGUCGUGUGAGCAGAGCGAAGAAGGGCGUUCCGGUACAUGUCUGCGAGCUUUGCAAACCAGCCAAGACCUUCACAAGAGCCGAGCACUUGAGGCGUCACCAACUCAGCCAUGAAGAGCCUCAAUUUCGUUGCUCGGGCUGUGACAAGGCAUUUCAUCGCCAAGAUCUGUUGACUAGACAUCAGCAGAAGAACGAGCACGGUGAAUCUUCAUCCCAGCCAGCGGUUAAUCAGGCCAGUCCAUAUGCUGUGCCAUCACCAAGACCACCACAGCCAAUACAGAUCUCUGGGUCACAGAGCAGCUCAUCAGUGCCGGCCCAAGGGUCUGGGCAAACACCUUCCACCGCGGCCGUCUCUUCUGAGACGCCUUCAACAACAUAUUCUCAGCCCGCCAGCUCGCCUCAUCCAACCGCAGAUUACAGAGGGGCCGCACCUGAAUACGAUGCCUACACAAUGUCCUUGACAACCAUUCUAGUCACUCCAUUUUCACCACGGUUCUCACAGACGUAUUCCCAGGCCAGGACAUCACAGAUGGAGCAAUUGUCCGUAAUAACACAGGGUAUUAAAAUGCCCGAGCACCAGGAACCGUCCCCUUGGCCAUCAUCGGCCACGGACAGCACUUAUUCGACACCGGUAUCGGAAUCACUGGGAAAUGCACAGCCAUGGGGGCGCUCAAACCCCCUUCUCUCCCCAUAUCCUAAUCCGGAUUCUCGAGUCAGCCCCGGGCCUGGACUUGGAGGUUUCAUUCACCCGAAUCCCUACUCCUCCAACCCCGCCAGCACACGGACAUCGCAUACCUAUUCGGCCGGAACAAUCUUCCCAAAUACUACUAUGGGCUUUAACGGUCGAGACGUCAGCAACCAUCAGGCCUCCGGACUGAGCAACAUGCACGGGAACACAAUGGCCGGCGGCUUUCGAGGCCUCACCCCAGAGCCGCACACCUCGGCUCAAGCAAGUGGCGGUUUGAUCACACCCGCCCCCGUCCUUUCCACUGGCAUUGACCCUUCGCUCGGAAUGCUUCGUCAGAAGCAGGGGUUUAUGGACACACUAUUAGGUGCCCAAACCGCCAUGAUGACUGAUAUGAGCGUUGGAUAUGCUGCGAGUGGUGAUGUGAGCCCGGGUGGCGAGAGGACAGGGUUGAACUUGGAGUUGGGGAGCAAGUAUGCCAUGCACUCCUCCAUGCCACCGUCCAUGAACAUCCCCCUUCCGGCCGCCAUCAGGACUGCUAUUCCUGGCUAUCUUGAUGUCUAUUGGGACAAGGUACACCCUGUGCUUCCAAUUGUGCAUCGGCAGUCAUUUGAAGCCGAGCCGGUAGAUGUGCUGAGGUGUGCCAUGGCAGCCGUAGCCACCCAGCAUCUCGACACCAAGGAGGACCGCAACCGGGGGAACCAGCUUCACGAGCACGCGUGGCAAGAGGCGAAGCGAGCAGCCAAAUGGAGCCUGCAAAUCAAGCAGACGAUUCUUCUCUGCGAGUACUUUGCGCGCUUCCGAGGCCGAAAGCCGGUUACCAAGCCCUCAGACCUGUUCAGGCAUCUCCACCAGAGGGUGAGUACUGAGCAGUCCAUUACUGCACCGCUGUCUUUCUCUCUUAUGGAGGAUUCUGUUUCUUGGUUCUUCGACACCAGCGCCUGGUCUCCAACAUCCUCCCCCGUUUCCUCUGUCUCUUCCUUUGAUUCCAUCACGCCGGCUACCAUUGCCACCACCUCUCCCAUGGUUCUCAGGCACCUGAGCCCCUUCUCGAACACAUCAUGGCCACAGGCCAUUGUCCCUUCAUCUUAUGUUUCUCCUGGGUCCUCCUACACGGAUCCUUCUUCUUUCACGCAUCAUUCUCGUUCCAACACCUCUCCUUCUCCUGCUCGUUCGCGAGAAAUCUCUCGGAUCUGGUCUUUUCUCUUUUCUCCCGAACGCUACGACUCUGUACCGGCGACGGGGAAUUCUCUUUCAUUUUCGACUCUUUCUCAGAGCUCUGCGCAGGCGUACUUACAAUUUGUCUCCGACACACAGGCCCUUUGUCCCGACUCCGGCAUGCUCGAUCAAGCCAUGCUCAGUUCGGACCAGCACUUGGUCAACGACCACGAGAGGUGGAAGCGCUGGGUUGAAGCCGAGUCUUGCCGUCGGCUUCUCGCAGCUUGCUUCAUUUGCGAUGGUCAUACAUCGAUCUACCAGCAGCAUGGGCGCGUUCUGGAUGGCAAUGAAAGCCUCCCGUUGUUCGGCAACAGUGAGAAGCUUUGGGGAGCCUCCACGGCAGAGGAGUGGCACGCCCUACAGGCUUGCGACCCGGUCUCUGCCCACGCUGCCGCCCAGCCAGCUUGCGUCUCCGACAUUGAAAGCCUCACGCCUGAAUACAUUGAAGCUUGCGGUCGGGCAGAUCGCAUGGUCAUUCUUGGCCUAUGCGCUCUGCGUCUGCCUCGACGGCCGGCGUCAUCAUCCACAGUUGCCCUUUCAGCCGACAACUCUCCCGCUCCGGACUUUGAUUCAAGCCAGCAAGCACGUCUCCAGCAGCAACCCCAGGACAUGGAAGCCGAGCAGCGCAUCCAGCGGCUUUUUCGAACCUGCCCCAUCGCCAACACCUACCUCGCCCUACACCACACGCCCCUUCGUGAUCUCCUGGCCGUCAGCGGCGACUCUUGGGCCUACGCCCAGAAGGUCCUUCCUGCUACCAUCUUCCAGGAACACGUCAGGCGAGUCAGGCAGUGGGCUGGCGGCAGCCUUCCGGGCCUCAACAUUCUCAAAGCCACCCUCUUUGCCUCGCGUGCCCUGCUCGGGUUUCUGGACAGUAAUCGCAGGAAUGUGUCUGAAGACAGCGGCAGCAGCAGCUCAGCUGCAUCGUCAAGGGUGGCAGAUAUAUCCGACUACUGGGCCCUCCACGUCUGCGUGCUCGUCUGCUGGGCGUUUAAUCACGGUCUGCGGAACAGCAGCAAGGGUCAGCAGCAGCAACAAGCGCAAGUGCACCCCCGGCAACGAAGCAGCAGUGGCGGGCCCAGCGGUGGAAGCAGUCCUGCCUCGAGAACGAGCGGGCUGUCGACCGCGUCCACGCUGAACAGCUCUGAUGAUGAGCCGAUCCGCUGGCUGCGCAGGGUGGCUGAGUGCAGCCGUCUGGAGGACGUCUUAAGGUUCCGGGCCCAUCGCGAGGCGGCGGGCGUGGUUGGGCUUGUGAGGCGCCGGAUGGAGAGUGACUGUGUCGGCAGUCGGAAUAAGCUGUAUGUGGACGCCAUGGGGGUGUUGACCAAGAUUGAGGAGAGUGCUGCUACCAGGAGGUGGUUCUAGCUCCUUUUCGUCACGUUUUUCUUUUUUGUUUUUGUUUUUCAACCAGCCAGGGAGCUUAAUGGUUUUCAAUGGCGCCUUUUUCUUUCUGGGGUUUCUUUCUUGUCAUAUUUUUACAUGGGAUGGGGAGCAUUUGGCGUGGGUGAUGGCAUUUACAGGAUACUUACUGGCUGGGGGCAUAUAUUGUGUGGGAUAAGGGGCAUGGCAUUGCUGGUUGACAUCCAUUCGUUUCUCUUCUUUUUCUACGGCGUUUUUCUGGGCAUUCACAACACAAACACGACACGACAAUCGCAUACAUACACAUGAGAUGACGGCAACGAAAUGGAGAAAAGCGGCUUCCUUCUUCUACACCCUUUUCAUUUCACUUGUACAACAUACCUUUCCAAUCAUCCCCUUUUCUUUUUCUGUACUUUUACUUUUGCUUUUUUUCUGUACGAUUUUUUUGGGGGUUUCUGUUUUGCUUGUUUUGUUUUUUUGGCAUAUCAUACAUAUAUUACAUUACAUCAUUUUUGUACUUUUUACCUUAUUAUUUUCUUCAACAGCAGAUGGGUAAAACUUUAAAUGAUGGAUAUAAAUUGGGUUUGGGUUCGGGCACAUACAGAAAAUAAGGUGUAUUUGGAGUUUAAUGGGAAAUGCGAAAGGGGGGCUUAUGAGACAAGGAAAGAGGAGAGGGGGUUGGUUGUAUAACAUACAGUAAAACAGACAGAGUGGGUGGGGGAGGAGGAACAGGGACUUAAUACUUAGUUUUUGUACUCCUAUUGUAUAACAUGAAUAAUGAGAGAUAUUGAUCAUCA